UUGGUUUAAAACUUGCACCGAACUGUUUCACUCCUCAGCUCAACACAGGGGUCAAUGGUCUCUGCUCCCAAGAUAAUAUGAUAUUGGCAACUUUUUCAUCUGAGCGCAGUGGUACAAGGAAAUGCUAAUAAGACUGGUUCACUGCAUCUGGGGUCUGUCCUGAAUGUGUUCGGAGUCAACAGUGUACUACCCCUGAGUAUCAAUUGUGGGGGACUGGCAAACCCUGGAAGACUGCAUGUGGAGGUGUCAAUGUCCACCAAUGUCACUGGAUUCCGGGCACAUCGUUCCCCCCAAAAUUUGGAGAUGGACUUGGCCUGGCAGGAAUUGAUGGCCAUCACAGAACUUCAGGAGUUUGAAGUAUCAAAUGAAAACCCCUUUGAAGCAAUUCCAUACUACUCCACUGAGCCCAUGGUUUCUCAAGGGGGAUUUGGGAUGAAUCAGCCUCAGGUGGAAUCCAUUCCAGGAACUUCUGAUGGCCAUCCUGCAGCAGUUUAUGAGAACCAUUACCCUGAAAUGAUGCCGCCCUACCAGCGCUUCAAUACACACAUGGGAAUGCACUAUGGACUCCCUGAUGACCACGCUUCACCCAGAAUUCUCACAAAUACACAAUCUCUCCAUCCACCACUCUUAAGUCUUUUGGAGCACAUGAGCAUGUCAACACGCAACCAUGGGACUGGAAAAGAUGGCAUUCUCGACCUUCAUGGUUUAGGACAAAUCAAACAAGCUUCUACAGAUGAUCUGGAGUCAGAUUCUGGUUUGUCACUUGGUUCAAGUCCGCCACUUGCCUCCCCAGAGAAUGCAGUGCAUGCAGUACCAACAUAUUUACCUACAGAUGGAAAAACGGGGUACACUGGAAGUGAAAAUGAGAGUAUGGGAGAACAAUGCCGCAGAAGGCCAAGUCUGCAUGGGUCUGUUGACCACCAGCAGUCCUACAACUCUUACCCUGGAGCUUCCUUUUCCACGGCUGCAAAUUUUCAAUCUGUCAAUCAGCAGACUCAAUUUCACCAGUCAAUUGUGUCGAUGAAGCAACCGGUUUUACCCACAGCCCUGCAUGACUUUCAACUAAACUGCUCGAGUUUAUCAAGAGUAGGUUCAUAUCAGUCUCCUUACUUAAAGCCAAAACCCAGCAGUGUUCCUGCUACUCUGAGCAGAGAUGAACGACAAGCCCUUGCUCUAAAAAUCCCGUUCUCUCUGGAAAAGAUAGUGAACCUGCCAGUGGAUGACUACAAUGAGCUCUUGACCCAAUUCACACUGAAUGAUGUACAGCUAGCACUUGUGAAGGAUAUUCGCCGCAGAGGGAAGAACAAAGUUGCAGCUCAGAACUGUCGCAAACGAAAAAUGGAGAAUAUUGUGCAUUUAGAGAAUGAGUUGGGACAGCUUCAAGCCCAAAGAGAGCAUUUAACCAGAGAGAGACUUGAGUUUCAGCAAAACUUAGCCAUUAUCAAAUGUCACCUUGCAGAUCUUUACACCCAAGUGUUUUCACAGCUACGAGAUGAGGACGGACACCCUUACUCGCUUGAUGAAUAUUCACUACAACAGACUAAUGAUGGCAACAUUUUCUUGGUGCCACGCAAUACACCACUGGAGAGUGAAUGAACUUGGGUGUCCUGAUGAAUCUUAUGAAACCAGUCUAGAAAAUAUUUGGGUCAUAUCUCACCCCAAAAUGGGUAACAAUUCACAAUAAGGUUGUAUUUGUUAACAAUAAUGUAAGCACUUAGUAAUCUUGUUUAAAGGAAUAUUUCACACAAAAAUUAAAAUACUCUAAUCAUUUACACACCCUCGUGACAUCCCAGAUGUUAAUAACCUUAUUUCUUCUACAGAAAGCAAAGGCUUUUAGAAGAAUAUCUCAGCUCUAUAGGUCCAUACAAUGCAAGUGAAUGGGUACCAAAACUCCAAACGCACAUAAAGGCAGCAUAUAAGUUAUUCAUCCGACUCCAGUGGUAUAAUUCAUGUCUUCAGAAGCAAUAUAAGUGUAGGUGAGAUACAAAUCAAUAUUUAAUUACUUCUUUUUAAUCUCCAAUUUCACAUUUUUGGCAAUUCACAUUCUUCGUGCAUAUCGCCACCUACUGAGCAGAGAGAAUUUAUAGUAAAAAAGGACUUAAAUAUUGAUGCGUUUCUGACCCACACUUAUCAUAUUGCUUCUAAAGACAUUAAGUACUUUUAAGCCACUUAAGUUAUUUUUGGAGCUUCAAUUUUGGUACCCAUUCACUUACCAAGGAUUCCUUCCGGUCUCUAGAUCUUGCCUCUCCAAAAAUAUAUGGAACGUUCUUCUAUCUCAGAGUUUAAAUCCCAACUUAAAACAUUUUUGUUUUCUCUGUGUUAUUUGUCAGUGCAAUGUUACGUAUUCACUGUCAAUGACUGUUCUACCGUAACGGUGUUUUUGUGACUGUUUGUUCUUUAUGUAUUAUUGUGUUACUAUUGUAAAGCAUUCUUGCGCUCUGGAAAGGCAUUAUAAAAAUUAAACAUAUUAGUUGCGGCCAAACACAUUGGCACCUUUUGUAAAUAUGAGCAAAGGCUGUGAAUUUAUUUUUUUUGUUGAUCUUUUUGAUCAUUAAUUCACAAUAUUAAAAAAAAAUCUAUCCUCAAAUGGACAUCAUUGCAAACCAGUUUUAUCAAGAAACUUUUCCCCUCAAAUAUGUGUGGCACAAUUAUGGACAACCUUUUAUUCAAUAUUUUGUGCAACCUCCCUUUGCCAAGAAAACAGCUCAGAGUCUUCACCUAUAAUGCCUAAUGAGGUUGACAACACAUGGCAAGGGAUCGGAGACCAUUCCUCCAUACAGAAUCCUUCCAAUUCACCCCACAGAUUUUCUAUGUACUUCAGGUCAGGGGACUGGGAUGUCCAUGGAAGAGCCUUGAUUUUGUGGUCAGUGAAUCAUUUUACAACCACCGCCCAUUUUAAGCUUUCUGGCAGACUUUCAGGUUUUGAUUUAUCUGUUGUCAUUUUAGUCAAUGCCAUGUAUCUGAACAAGAUGUCCAGGACCUCUGGCAUAAAAACAUCCCCACAACAUGAAAGAUCAAUGACCACAUUUAACCACGGGCUUUGUGCUCAAAACCCUUCUCUGGAGUUUGCUGCCACAAAGCUAUAUUUUAUUUUAACAGACCACAGAACGCAGUCCCAUUUGAAGGUCCAGUAGUGUCUCGCAAACUGAAGACACUUUGGAGUUUGUUGGAUGAGAGAAGAGGCUUUUUUCUUAAAGCCCUCCCAAACUUAGGUGACGUCCGAUUGUCGUUUGAGAUUAUGACCCCAAGACAACACAUUUCUGCAAUUGUCCAUCUGUGACCAGAUAAUUUUUGGCCACUCAAACCAUCCUACUCAGUGCAUGGAGACAAUGGACACAUCUUCCUUCAACUUUAUUGCACUGAUGGUGGAAAUGGGCAUUUUCAAUGCUUUAGCCACAUCCCAUUUUGUGAAGCUCAACCUUCUGCCAAACAUAAAUGUAUUCUUUGGUCUUACCAAAAAGGAUGGAUAACCAAGGAAAUUUGGCUUGUAAUGGUUAUACAACUGUGAAAACGGGAAGUUAUGGAUGAACAAUUUCAUGUUAGUCACUCAGGUCCACAAAAAAAAAAAAAAAAAAAAUUUACCCAAUACAUUUUAAUCAUAAGAAUGUAGUUUGCUUAAAUUAAAAGGGUUAGAUUUAUGUUAAUAUUUUGAAAGACCAUAAGUAUAAACAUAUCACACAGCCUUUGCUCAUUCACCAUGGGUGCAAAUAUUUUUUCCAUCACUUUAAUGUACCUACAUGGCAGAGAUAUUUGAAAAACUUGUGUUCAAACAAAUUCAUACAUAUUUGGGAUAGCAUGAGGGUGAGUAAAUGAGAAAUGUCCUUCUUGGGUGAACCAUCCCUUUAAGUUCUACAAAAGUUGCAUAUCUUAUAAUGUAUGCAGUAUGAACAGAGUACUUUGAUAUUCAAAUGGACACAAAUGCUGUAAGAAUUAGUUAAUGACUAAUAGAGUAAUUUUAAAUAACCCGAUCAUCAAUUGAUCUGAACAUGUUGAAAGAGUAAAGUUUCACUUUUCUAAAAAUAACCUCAAAUCGACAAUCAAAUGUGUCUGCAUAUUAUUUGGAUCAUACUGAAUGAUUUUCCAAAAUAACGUGUUAAAAUGUUGGUCCAGUAACGAUUCAUUAUCAGAUAGCUAGCCAUAAAUACAAAUUUUCACCAAAUGAAUGGGGAAGAAAAAAAAAAAGACACAUGUAGCAUAAAAAGAUUUAUUGUAAAAAAGGUAAAAAAAUAAGUCUGUAGCAUCUUGGUCCUGAAAGAAAAAAAAAUAAAAUUAAUAAAUGUU